ACAAGGGCGAAUAAAACCUAUGACAUUUCCCGAAGGAGAGGACAGUCCUGUAAUACUUGAAUAUGUUAUUGCUGACUACAGACGCAUUAACAUGAUAACAAGAACGUAUGUGGUGAACUUCGAGCCUAAGUCAGCUGAAGAGUGUCCAGUAAGAUGCAUUUGUAUAUGGGACUCUUCAAAAAUGAUACCUCCAUGUCCCGAUUUAGCUCUGACGCCUGUGGCAAUAUGCAGAGACCCUUUCAGACUUGGGCGUCACAAGAUAGUGUUAUGUGAGGCCCGUUAUGUGGAUAAGCCUGACAAAAUAGUAGAGUUUAACACAAGGAUCGCGUGCAAAGAAAUGAUGGACAAAGUUGCCGAUAAGGAACCAUUGUACACAUUUGAACAAGAAUACUUUGUAGUUGAUGAAAACGACGUUCCACUGGACUGGAGCCAUUACUCACAAGAGAUAGACUUUGAUUUCGAAAUUAAUGUCGGCAGUCACAGCUGUAUAGAGCGGGAUUUGGCGGAAACCCAUCUUCGGGCAUGUUUGUACGCUGGACUUACUAUUAGUGGAAUGAACAGAGAAAUGUUUCCUUCUCAGUGGGAAUAUCAAGUUGGUCCCCUGCCUGGUUUGGAAGCUUGUGAUCAGGUGUAUAUUUCAAGAUACAUUCUAAUGCGGUUAGCCGAGAUGAACAAUUUACACGUUACAUUCAAAAACCCUGACUGCACACGGGACACUAAAGUGAGAUCCGCAAUGCAUCUGAACUUCAGCACAAAACAAACUCGAGAAGAUGGGGGCAUAGAACAUCUACACAAACUGAUUGAAAACGUUGAAAAACACCCACAGGAAGCAAUUAUGAAGUACUACGAUUUAAAAAAAGGAAAGGAAAUGCGCUGGUUCCUUUCUGGGAUCGCGUAUAUGCCACAUUACGAUGAAUUCAUUUGUAAAGUUGGGGAAAAAGACGGUUGUACCAUCAGAAUUCCAGCACGUGUUGCGUUUGAAGGUAAAGGUUACCUAGAAGAACGGAGACCAACAUCAGAUUCUGAUCCUUACGAUGUCUGUCGUGUAUUUACAGCGGCCGCUGUAUUUGAGGCAAAUGGAUUAUGAAUAGUGAUGGGUCUGGCACCUGAGAACAUUUUCAAUUAUUCAGUCACAGUGAUAUAACUCAUCCUAUCUGGAGAGAAGGAAACGAAGUAUGCAUAUAUAUAUAUAUAUAUAUAGUAGAGAGAAUUUAUACGAACUAAAUCACCACCACAAUAUACCAGACCAAUUACGGCAAAGCGCCUAGUAGUACAGACGAACACGCACAUGCCACAGCAAGUCCACUAACCCAAUAAGAUUAGUUUCGAAGCUGCUUUAUAUACGAGCCCGAAUUAUACUACACAUUCGUACUGGUUCAACAUUUGCAUAUAUAUACUCAAAUCUCUGUUUUCAUGUCUCAUAAAUCAGCAGUGACAUUUUAGUCUUUUUAACUGACUGGGACCAGAGGAGCUAUAUUUUCUCUCUCUGAAAGUUAACGGAUCUCAAGGAUAUAUUGAAUAUGUAUAUAGGUAAUUUGCAUUAAGGGAUAUAAUUAUAUUCAGAACAGUUGACUUUCCCAUACGUGAGAUCCGCUAGGAUACAAGUUCGCAUUAUAAAUUAUUAUAUAGUAGAGAGAAUUUAUACGAACUAAAUCACCACCACAAUAUACCAGACCAAUUACGGCAAAGCGCCUAGCAGUACAGACGAACACGCACAUGCCACAGCAAGUCCACUAACCCAAUAAGAUUAGUUUCGACGCUGCUUUAUAUACGAGCCCGAAUUGUACUACACAUUCGUACUGGUUCAACAUUUGCAUAUAUAUAUAUAAUUCUGAGAUUCUGGUCUAAAAAUUUUAUGAAUGUUGUUUUAUGUCACAAAUGUUUGGGGGAAGUCGGUUGGAUUGUUCUUUUUCCAACUUAUUUCUGUAUUAAUUGCAAAAAUGCCAUGAAGUUCC